AUGAAAUGUCACACCAUAACAUUAUUCUUCAUUUUGAUUACAGAAGCCUUAUGCUUUGAUGGAAAUGAUAAAAUAUUACUUAGUUUAUCCCAAUCAUUUUGUUCAAUUAUUGUUACUGAAUUGGGUGAUAAAACCUUCUUCUUAGCUGCUAUAAUGUCUAUUAAAUAUAACCGAAUAGCAGUUCUGAUCGGCUCUACUCUGGCACUAAUACUCAUCACAAUCAUCAGCACCAUUUUUGGACUCGUCAUUCCAGAAUUGAUUUCAAUCCUCUACGCUUAGGUUCUAGUUUCAAUUGUUUUUUAUGGUUUUGGUGUUAAGUUUCUCUAUGCCUGGUACACCAUGCAGAAAGAAAAGGAAGAACUACAAGAAGUUGAAUAGGAGCUGACCACCUUGGAUAAAAAAUUGAUGAAUCUGCCAGAUCCAGAGACCGACCAAGUGAAUGACAAUGUGACCAAAAGUAAGCACCCUCAUUAUUUAACAAUAGAUUUUAUAUAAGCAUUUACUUUAACGCUUUUGGGAGAAUGGGGCGAUAAAAGUCAAAUUACCACCAUAAGUCUGACUGCAAUCUAUAACCCAUUCUAUAUAUUCUUGGGUGCCAUUAUGGCCCACUUUUUUUGCACCGUUAUAGCAGUUCAUGGUGGAAAAUUGAUUGCAAAUUAAGUAUCUGAAAAAAAUUUCAAUUUUCUCGGAGGCAUUGCUUUCCUUUCCAUAGCAUUCAUAAACACUUAUAUGGCUCUAUUUUUAUGA